AUGAUAGCAAUGUUCGAUUUUGCUUGUGGUCCAGGAUAUAGCACAUAUUUACAGGUACGGCAAUGCAUUCGUAAAACGACCACGCGUGAAAAUAUCCGUGAAUGUGUAAGCGAGUUUUCACGUAGUUCACCGCAAAUAGCUUGUCAGAGUUCCAGAAAAUUGCUUGCUUGCUCAAUACCUGUAAUUAAUGAGAAAUGUGGUCAAGUUGGUGCGCAGUUUGUUACCGAUUACAUUGAUAAAUUUGUGAACGUUGUUGACCCUACAUGCAAAAUUGGAAUGCAACAAAGUGAUAAAUCAAUUCGAGGCUAUAACUGUACGAUUGAAGAAAAUGCUCGCAUCAGUUACUGCGCUGCACCAAUUAAUGAAUUAACAUCCAGAAUUGAUGAAUUAUUUGAAGGUGGAUUGCAACAGUUUCUGGUUAAUGUCAAAAAUUUGGCACCUGUGUUUGCAAAAGGUUGUAAUUUGACCAAAGAAUUCAGACAUUGCUUGGGACCAUUGAUAGAACAGCAAUCCGAGCAGCAAUGCACCAUUUCAAGUUGUUUAAUUCAGGCUGGUAAUGGUAUAUGUAAUCAGCCUGAUACUGCCAAGGCUAUUGAUGACAAUUUGGCUUGUGUUUUUAAACAGGCAUCAAUACCUGAAUUUGGUCGAUGUCUACGAUCAACAAUAGCAACACUGAAGCAAUUUAAUCUUAUCGCAUUACGCGGUGUUUUACCACAAUUUAUCAAAUGCAUUCAGCAUAUUGUCGUGCAGCAUUGUGGUGAAAUACCAUUAAACGUGUUACGUGCAAUUAGUGCAACUGAUAUCUGUCCAAUUUCAUUUAAUUAUCAUCAAUUAGGAUCAGUUAGUGGUGAUAAGACACAGAUAUGUAACACAGAAAUGCAACAGAAGCAUGCAGAAUGCACCGGGAAUUUUUAUGGAAAUUAUCGAAUGUUACCAAUUGCGCUUUUACGAGAUCCAUCAAGUAUUGAUAUGUUAUGCGUAGAUUUAUCAAAGUUAGCCACUUGUUCAUAUCCGAUAUGUGACACAGCUAAACAGAAGGCGCUAAAUGCAUUAGCUGAAUUUAUUUGCACUCGGCGUGACACAUACAAAGAGCAUUCAAUGUGUUUGAUGUCUGUUAUUACUUCAUCAGAGGGAUCAAAAUGCUUGACAUCAUUCUUGCCAACAGCGUCAGAGCAACAAUGUUCCUUCCUUACAAACGUUGCUAAUUGCGCCACGCCAUCUAUUCAUAAUACAUGCGGAUAUGAAGCGUUGGCGUUAUCUUUUGAAGGAAUGCAUAUAUUUGCUAAUGCGUUAAAUAAAUCAUGCAGUGUACAAAUACCUAUUGCAUCAGUAAAAACAAGUUGCGCUGAGUCCGAUAUUGUCGAAUAUUUGCAAUGCGAAAAUUUGAUUGAUCAUUUUACUUUUACACCAUUUUCAUUCAUUAGGAAUAGCUCACAAUGGAAUGAAUUUUGUGAAGUGAUAAGAGAUUAUGAAAAUUGUUUAACAAAUAUGUCGUGUCGUGUGGAACCGAUCUCAUCAGCAAAUAUCGCACUUUUUCGAACAAUUUGUGGAAAGGAAGAAUCAAAGACGAAAUAUUUCCUACCAUGUCUCACUCAUUUUAUCACUACUGAUAUUGGCAAAAAAUGUAGUGAACCAUUCGUUGGUUUAGAUUUAUUGGCUAAAGAUAAUUCACAAAAAAUUUGUUCAACCCUAAAAAGUAUGCUUUCCUGUGCAUCAUCUGAAUUAUCAGCACAAUGCAGCGAGCAAGCUUUAAAGCAUGUUGUAAGCAUGUUUCUAAUAUGGGUGCGAAAGUUUGAUCCUAGCUGUUCGAUUUCCGGUUACGGUGCAAUUGAUGGUCUGAAAAUAGAAGAAGACUUUUCACUUGAUUCCGGUCCAUUACAUAUCUCAGUGGAUCAGACAGCAUUACCGGUUAAUCAGCGAAUACCAUCCAUUACUACGACUCCAUUAUUGCCAAAACCGAAUAGUGAUAACAGUUUAUCAGAUUCUAACAACUUUCUAACUACUGGUAGCACCACUGUAUCAGAAAUGGAACUUCUAACUGUAUCACAACCGGAUUCAUCUUCAUCAUCAUCUGAUAUCGAAUCUGUAUCUCAUCGAAGAACAGGCAUAUCAUCGACGACACUACCCGUUCCGGAACUAAAUCCAGAAUCUAUAAAUGCAGAAAAUGAUUUCACUGAUUCCACUUCUUCUCUACAACAAUCACUUUUUGACAUAUCACCGAAAACGAAAUCAAAUGUCACAAUUAAUGCGAAAAAAUCGAAAAUGCAAGAAUCAGGACAAAUGCGCAGCAAUCCAUUACAUUUAUGGAUUUUAUCAAUUGUAAUAAUUAUGUCAACAAUAAUAAUGCCUUUUGUACAGUAA